AUGCAUUUCUCCAUCAUCGCCUUGAUCAUCACCACCGCCUCCCUGGUGACCGCUGACCCGUCGCCAGGGGACCAGUGUGGCACCUGCAAUCCUAUCUCAGGCAAGAACUGGUGUGAUCCCUCGACCUCGUGUAUCAACACGGGAAAAUCUUUCCACUGCGCUUGCCGUGCUGGUUAUAAGGCCUCUCAGUACAAUAGCGACUUGUCCUAUCAGUUCCGCCUGCCGAUGCCGAACUAUGAGUUCCUUGUUUUCGUUCCCGAGGGCACGGCUUGCAACAUUCCAUGUGAUGAUAUAUAUGCUGCUCCUUCCAAUCUUUGCAAGGAGGUCAAGCUUCAACAUCAAUGCGAGGCCUAG